UCUCUCUCCCUAUUGGCUGACCAGGGACUCGUGACCCGCUGUUCCAACGGCCGCCCGCGACUGGGGUCCCCCCUCCCCCUCCAGCUCCUUUUCGCCGCAUCAUUGAGCGUCAGCGGCGCGGGCCGAGGCUGGUGUGGAGAAAUGGCAAAGAGAAUUGCAGAGAAGGAGUUGACAGACAGGAAUUGGGAUCAAGAGGAUGAAGCUGAGGAGGUGGGAACUUUUUCAAUAGCUAGUGAAGAAGUCCUGAAGAACAGAGCUAUUAAGAAAGCAAAGCGCCGAAAUGUUGCGUCUGAGUCUGAAAGUGGAGGAGCUUUUAAAGGGUUUAAAGGUUUCAUUAUACCUUCUGCAAAAGGAGGAGGUGGCUUCACUGGAUUCGGUAAUGGUACAGGAUUAAAGCCUUUAGAAGGGCUAUCUAAUGGAAGCAGUGGCAUUUCUAAUACUCCACCUUUCAUCAGUUUAAAGACAACUUCUGAAACCCAGUCUGUAUUUGGGUCUGCUACAUCCAAUGGUCCAACUGCUACUGGCUUGGUUGAGAAAAAGACUGCAAGUCCAAAAGCUAAUGGUGGCAGUCAGCAGUCAUCUGGUUACCCUCAGAGUAAAAUGUGUAGCUGUAGUCUUUAUUAUGAACACUUAACUGCACUAAACUGUUCUGUGCGUGACUGGAUAGUAAAGCAUGUGAACACAAAUCCACUGUGUGAUCUGACACCUAUCUUUAGAGACUAUGAGAAAUAUUUAGCAAACAUUGAACAACAGUAUGGAAGCAGUAGUGAUAGCGGUUCUGAGAAUGAAAAUAACAAGACAACACCUGGAACUCAGUCUGUUUCUACAUUUGGGACUUUAAAACUUCAGCAAGGAUCAACAUUUUUGUUUAAUAGCAACAAAACUGAGGAUACAUCAGACAAGAAAAUGGAAUCUGUGUCAGAAAAGAACAGAGAACCAACACCAGGAGUUGCAUCAACGGUCUCAUUUAAUUUUGGCAAGAAAGUUGACAGUUCUGUUUUGGGUUCCCUUGGUUCUGGAACGCUAAGUAGUUUCUCCUUCUCCCCUGGGAAUUCCCGUCUAUUUGGAAAAGAUACAAGUCAGACAAAGUCUGUUACUCCACUUCCAACCAAUGUAUUGGAGGCUCAGACAGAAAGUGGUAGUAGUGAUGAUAAAGGAGGAGAUGAAGAUGAGGAGGAACCACCCAAAGUAGUUGUUAAUGAAAUAAAGGAAGAUGAUGCUUUCUACUCUAAGAAGUGUAAACUGUUCUACAAAAAAAAUAAUGAAUUUAAAGAAAAGGGCAUAGGAACGCUGCACUUGAAGCCUGCAGGAAACGAGAAAACUCAGCUGUUAGUGCGAGCAGAUACUAAUUUAGGCAACAUACUCUUGAAUGUUUUGAUUCCACCCAAGAUGCCAUGCACAAGAACAGGAAAAAACAACGUUCUUAUUGUCUGUGUUCCCAAUCCACCAGUUGAUGAGAAGAACCCCACUGUCCCCAUCACUAUGUUAAUAAGAGUGAAAACAAGUGAAGAUGCAGAUGAGUUGCACAAAAUCUUACUGGAGAAAAAGGAGGCUUAAGUGUUAUGGUCAAGUGAUCUCAAGAAUUUUUGCCAAACUGCUGCUGCUCUUUUUUUUUUUUCCUCAACUUUGUUAGAAUACUUAACUUUCUACUCUGACAUUCUAAGAACUAUCAUAGGAAUUCUGGAAGGUUUUGUGGGGAAAGCUAAAAUGGCUAAUAAACAUUUUAAUAGAACACGUGUCAAUCUGUCCUCCCUCCCUUUUGAAAUACCUAAAUGCAUGAACUUUAUCUGAACAAAAUGUACAUGCUUAAAUUAGAUCAUUUCUUUGUAACACUGAGCAAAAGUGACUGCUGAAUGGACUACAAUCAGGAAAAGUGUGGUACCAGACAUUUCUUGUAGAUAGAUUUUACAGUGCAAUGCAGUAACCUCCUGUUCUUGAAAAGGGAGGAGGUUAAUUUAAUUCAUAAAACUAUAUUUCUAGCCUGAAUAGAAUUUUUUUUAAUAUAAAAUUGGUGUCAACUUUUCAGUAAAAAGUCUAAACUUUCAAACUCUUAACUGAAAUCGUAUCUGAAUAGCAAAGCUACUGUAGGUUACAGUCUUUAAAUUUGGAAGGACGACUGUUUUUAACAUUGGGAGACUGCAUUUUUCAUUCUUAGAAGAAAAUGAUCUGACUGCUCUCGUUAUUCCUGUUCAUUGGCUGUAGCAUUCCUGGGAAGCAUUGUCAGUUUUGUUGUGCUUCAUUAGGGUGCAAUAGUAUUAGCUGGAAACUGGAGUAGUACAUUCAUUCAAACCACAACUGGCACUACUUGUUGACGGAUCUUAAAGACUAAGAGUAGUGACUCUACUAGUCCCUCUUUCCAUAGGUUACCUGCUCUCCAGUUCAUGUUUCAGAUGCAUUCUGGGGGAGUUGUAUUUCCAUUUCCCAGACUCUACCUGGUCUUUUGAUAAGUCUUGGUGAUCUUAGGAUGUCAUCUUUUAUAAAACUGAAUUUUGAUGCCCAUUGACAUUUUUCUUUCUUGUAAAAUUCUCUGAAUGUGGCCAAGAGCCUCUCUGUUAAACUUGAGUUACAACACUAAUACAUAGCUGAGUCUUCCCAGAUGUAAUAAAGCAGCAAUACACCACUUGCUUAUAUCCAAUAUUGAUAAGUACUGUAGAGAUUAGUUGUAAUUUUAUAGCUCUUGGGACACUAAUUGUCCUGGGCUUGCAGGAAGAGCAGGGUAUGAAGGAUGUGGCUUAUACAGGCUAGAAUUUUUUUAAUUUUAAUUCCAGUGGGGAAAUAUUGGAUCUAAACAGAAUCAGAGAGCUGGCAGGGAUUUAAAGGAUAAUUUUGUCUAAUCCCCUGCAUAAAUGCAGGAUAUGCUGUUCUUAAAAUGAUUAGUAGUGCAAGUUAUCAUGGCUUCUUUCUUCACUCUUCCAUCUGUUUGUCAAUGGCUGCUGCCAUCAAUUUUGCAUCAUUUCAAACCUGGUCCCAGCUCAUUGUGACUGAAAGGGCUGGGAGGAAAAGAUUUUUUUUUUCUUUUUUCUAUUCCUUUGAUGUCCCAGAUAUUAGGAGCCCAAGUCCAAAAUCUGUUUUAUGGGAUGCCUUGCCACUAAGUCUGCUUCCAGUUCUGAUUUAUUGGAGAACCCAAUAAGCUAUUGAACAUCUGCCAGGUUGUGGCAGUUUAAACCAUACUCCUGUGCACUAUCCAACUGUGUCCUGCUAUGGGAGUGGAGGGCAAACACCACCACCAAUUUGUCCCUUGUGCUGAGAAAAGCGUCUACUACAAGGGUUGGCAACCUUUCACUAACAGUGGGCUGAAUCAAAUUCAAAAAGAGGUUGGAUAAACACCUGUCUGGGGCCAUGUGAUCCCAGCGUGUGCUCCAACCAGUGGUGCGGGGUUAGACUAGAUGAUCUAUUCAGAUCCCUUCUGACCCCUAACUACUACGAAACUAUGAAACAGCUUGGUCCUAAAGCCUGCUAGAGACAGCAGUUGUUGAUGUAUUGUGCCACUAGAUGGUGCAUUUCUUCAGGGCAGGUGGUCAGCAAUUUCUUAAGCUGUGAGCUAGGAUGACCCUGGCCAGGUCAGGUGCGAAGGCAGAUACUAGGACCCAGUUUCUGCUGCUUCUCCCUCCCCCACCAAAACCAAAUGCUGCUGGAGCUGCACAUGUCUGCAAGCUGCUUCAAAUAGCUCUGCAGGCUGGAUCUAGUCUAUAGGCCACAGGCUGUUGGCCCCUAGUUUAGGGGCUAUGUUUACAUUUACUAUCCUAGUAUACUUGGCAGGCCAGAAAUCUCUUCACAUGCUGGAUCUAGCGCACAAACUAGGUUGUCAGCCCUUGAUAUAAUGCAAUGUCCUAUCUUAUUCUGGUUUCAUGUGUGGGGCGAUUAUAGUUGCUUCUCUAAAAAUGAGGAGUCUUUGCCUGGUAGGACAAGAAAAGUUAUAUCCUCCAAUUUGUCUACAGCUCAAGUAGAAGAGCACAGACAGAGGGGGAACUCUAAAGGGAGCUGCAGUCAGUCUCCCUCCCUUACCGUUUGACCAGACAAAGCCUCCUGCCCUUUGCUUGCUUUAAAAAGCAGCUUCUGAAACGUAAAAGCAUUUAAUGUGUCAAACUGGAAGGAAGCUUAUACCAAUUUUAAUGCAAGUUGGUGCCUUUUCUGCAGUUGGUUAGGUAUCUUAGCACUAAAUGUAUGUAUGGUUAGCUCCCUCAAGGUUUUUUUUUUUUGUUUUUUUCAUCUUUCCCGCCCCCUUGAAGUUUUGCAGUUUUGCUGGUACCUGGAUUUGAAUAACUUAAUGGUUUUGCUUGUUAAUUUUGUGUGAAUGAAAAUCAGAAUCUUGUGUAAGUUGUUACAGGCUCAGGUUGAAUGGCUAAGGGCUCAAAUAAUUUUGCUUUUGUUGUUAGAAUAUAAUGUCUUAAUUAAAUAUAAAUCUCAGUGAAAAAAAUUGUUCUUUAGGCUGCAAAUCACUGGAUUUGAAAGGGAAUACUAUCCUUUUGUGGUAAGCAGACUUGUUAUGCACCUCAGACUUUAAGAGCAAUUAUGUAUUGGACUGUUACAGGUGUAUCUGCCUGGUAUUUGUUUACUUUCUAAAGCGCAAGUAAAUGUAACAAUCUGCUCUUCAGCAGUUGAGAUAUGGACCAAUUAACAGAACGAUGAUUUAUUAAGGGAGGCAAAUUAAACUUUCCACAUGGCCUUUGCACAACCAUCCUCACUAAUUUGCCUCUGAAAUUAGGCAAAUCUGGGAUUUUUGCACAUGAACACUGGCUUGCUUUUUGAAGUUAGGCAAACUGAAUAAAAUGGUUAAUGACAGAUGAUGUACGCAUGUGGUUGCAAAACUUGUUUUUUUAAUAUUGAUUGUAUGUUUACCAGUGUGGGUGGAGGGUACAAAAAAACAGGCUGGAAACUUUGUACCCUGCAAUGCCCGUUGUAGCAAAUACUCAUUUUUCUAUUGUACUAUGGCAAAGAGUGAUUGAAGGAAGUGGUGCACUGUGUUCUCUAGUCAUGCAUGUAUUUGUCUAAAGUAGUAUGGAAAGCCCCAGUGACAGAGAAGAAAAGAUUUUACUCAUUUUGACGCAUGAGUGUUUUAUAUAAAAAGUCUCCCUCAAAAGUAAAGCGUAUGCAUAAAUGUAAAAUAUGAAAACCAAUUUUUUAAAACUUCCUAACCUUCCGGUUUUGUUUUAAAAACAACUAAAACCAGAAAAGUAACUAGGAUUCCCAACUGUAACUGUUAUAAAAUGUAUAUGUUAAGUCCAUACAAUUUGUAUUGAUUCUUUAAAUAUUAAAAUUGUCAAUUGGGGAGAAGGUAAA